AUGGCCGCAGAUCCAUCAGCCUCCUGGACAACGGUCCACGGUUUCCUCCAGUACAGUGAUGCUCAAACCGCCAGUUGUUUCCGACGUGUCCGGUGGGACCGGCUGUGCUCGAUCGCCUUGAGCGCCAACCGUGGCCUGAAAUGUGUGGCCCUGGACCGGGUCGCGAGCGGGCUCAACAACGUCGUCCGCGAACUCGAGUGCUCCGACCAGACGCGGUGGGCGGCCCGGGUGCCGAUCGAGAGAGGCGGGCCGCCCCAAGCGGGCCGCAUCGAGCUCGGUACCGAAGUCGCGACGAUGCAGUUCAUCACGGAGCGUUCCAGCCUCCCCGUGCCCCGGAUUUUGGCAUACGACACGGACGAGGACAACGCUGCCGCGGUUCCUUUCAUGCUCAUCGAGAUACUCCCCGGCAUCGUCGCCAUGGACGCCCUCGGCGGCUACGGAGAACACCGCGGUGUCCAGAUGACGGCGUUGAGCCUCCCCAAAAUCGGUACUAUUACCCGAAGCCCGGACGGCGGAUACAAGUCCGGCCCGUUGCUGGGGAUCGGCAGCCCGUUCGACACAGCAGCGGCCUUCUUUAAGGCCUGGGCCGACACCGUUGAGUUUAAGCGGGACAAGGAAACGAUAACGCGCAUGAUGCAGAGGGGCCCUAUAGUGGCCGAACACAUGGUCGCCAUUAUCGACGGGUUCCCGCGGCGGAUUAAGGCGAUGGCCAGCCGGCGCUCUCGCCACAACGAGGGGCCGUCCCCCCUGUGCCACGGCGACUUCCUCCGCAGCAACAUCAUGGUCGACAAGGCCAGCUUCAACGUGACCGGCGUCAUCGACUGGGAGGACGCCGGCACGGUCCCCUGGGAGCUGGUCGCGUUCCCCGAGUUCCUCCAGGCCAUGCCCCCCUCGUUCGAUCUGCCCCAGCACUACAGCCAGGACGGGCAGCCUCUCGGCCAAGACGCGAGGGAAAGAUGGCGCGAGCGGCGGGAGUACGUCGAGAUGUUCAAGUCGGCCGAACGGGACGGCGGUGGUGAUGACCUGCUCUCGGCUCACCUCAGCAGCGACCGAAGUCAGGCUCUGGCCUACUUGUACGGAGCGUUUACCAGCACUGGGAAGCUGGGGUUCUACGACAGAGUAAUGGAGGAGAUGGAGAAGGGAGUCUGA